GGCCGAAGUGAUGAGGACGACUUCACUGCAGCACAAAAUUUCUACCCAUGCAUGCAAUGUGCUUAUGUGUGGUCUUUAUUUGUUUUGGUUACUGGUCAUUUACAAACAUGUUACCCAGUUUAGAACAAGGUCAGGAGCAGAUGUCGAAAAGUGAUCCACUAUCUUCAACUUUUAUGGAAGAUGACGAGGCGAAAGUAAAUUUGAAGAUAAAGACAGCAUACUGUCCUGCAGAUAUUGUGGAAGGGAAUCCAUGCUUGGAGUAUGUGAAGUACCUCAUUUUACGUUGGUUUAACCAAUUUGUAGUAGAGCGCAAUGCAAAGAAUGGUGGUGACAAAGGUUCGAAAGCUUUGAAGAAUUGGUUGCUUACUAUGAAAGUGGAAAGCUACAUCGAGCUGAUAUUAAACCAGCCUUCGCAAAGGCUUUCAAUAAAAUACUAG